AUGGACCACACCAAACUGCUGCUGAAUGCGGUACGACGGGCCAAUCUGACGGACCACUUUGUCUGGAUUGCCAGUGAUGGCUGGGGAAGGGAGAAUGUGCCCGUGGAAAAUAACUCCCGAGUGGCGAAUGGUGCGUUAACAAUUGAAAUUCUUGCAGAGGAGAUUGGACAGUUCUCAGUUUACUACAAGAACCUGCGCAGUGACAACACUCGGAAUCCCUGGUUUUCAAAGUACUGGGAAUCGCUUUUUGGUUGCACUUUCGACAAUACCUCGAAUGGGAGUGAGGGUAAAUCAAAAAACCAGGUGCCCUCUUGUUACGCGAACCCAAAGCAUAGGCUGGGAGACAAACUUCCAGUGCCCUUUAAGCAAGAAGCCAAAAUUCAAUUUGUCUAUGACGCUGUUUACGCCUUCGCGUGGGGUUUACAUAAAUUGGAACAAACGCUCUGUCCUUUUAAUCCGGAUCCAGCGAAAUGGGACAAGGAUGAAUGCAUUAGGAAAUUACUCAGUCACCAGGGGAAGGAUUUCUACGACUUAAUAAUUCAGACUUCUUUUAAAGGUGAGCCAUAA